UCGAUUAUUCAUCAUUCUUGUCAACGCUAAAUAUAUACCCCCUUUUUGUUUAAUUUAUCGCGAAAAUAUAUCUAAACUUUUGUCAUUAGUUAUAUAGCAUAUAUACCCAACGUCGUUCGUUUCUAUCGUUAAAAUCAUUUGUCUCUCUUUUCAACUGUCAAUUGGAGUACCGGUAGGGAGAAAGGGGAAACGUGUCUUUCAUUAACAGCUUUUCCUUUUGGGGUGUAUAUUUCAAAUAUUAGAAGUAAAUCUCAUUAUAUCUAUCUAUCAAGUCAUCAUAUUAUAGUCAAAUUUCUCAUAUAUUUUCUUAAAACUACAUAUUUUCAUUACUUGUAUCAGAAAUUUAGCCUGGGUCAUCUGAUAAUUCAAAAGUGGGAGAAUGCUCCCAGUCCUUCAUGUCUCUGCAAUGACCCCUGAAGCUACAAAGCGUAGUAAAUAUGCCACGAUUGCGCCUCAAGGAGGUGAACAAUAUAUUCAAGCCCACAAUCAAGCAUCAUGUGCAAAUGUUCAGGAUAGAGUGAUGCCUGAGCGUCCGGGACAGCCUUCGCCGCUGGGCAAUUCAUCUCCAAGUCGCCAGAAUUCUCGAAGUCUACCUUCGAGAGAAGUUACAGACGAGAACUUUGACGAUGCCUACGUAGGCUUCAUCAUGUACUGCAAUCCCGCGGUGGCAUCAGAUACAGAUACUGCUGAAUUGAAGCGAAUAUUUCGCGCGCCUCCCAAAAGUGACAACAAAAGUUUCAGCACUUUUGUAUUAUUCGAAUUGAUUUGUAAAUUAGAGAAUAAGGAGAUCAAAACGUGGGCACAAUUGGCAAUAGAUUUGGGAGUUGAACCUCCUUCUUUGGAGAAAGGUCAGAGUGCUCAAAAGGUACAACAAUAUGCUGUUAGGCUCAAGCGGUGGUUGCAUGCAAUGCAUGUUGAUGCAUUUUUUGAAUAUUUAUUGAACAAACCUCAUGUGUAUUGGACACAAGUACCAUCCCCUGGCGAAUCACCAUCAGAGCAUGGUCGAGAUGGGGUACCCGCCGAUGAAGAUUUGGCUCUCCGUGCUUUGCUUCCGGAAACAAGACCUAAGCGUGGACGAAAGAAGGCCGAGGAUAGGGAAGAUGAUGAGAUAGGGAGAUCACCAUCUCAACGUCCUCGGUUACACUCGCCUACACUAUCUGAAGAUUUUAUGAUUCCCAGGGCGACCUUACAUCCGGAUAGUGCUACACCAGCGACAGCAAAUUCUUCUUUCCAACAGGGCUUCGAUGCUCGUUUAAGUCCAUGGUCUGCAACAGAAGUUCGAGGCCCUUUAGUGGACAACUUCAGAUGGGGUGCUCCACCAGAAAGUGCAACUCCUCUAUCAGCUUAUCCACAAUCAGCUCUCACUCCAUCAAACAGAACACACCUAUGGCCGGAUAGCAAUGAACCUCAAUCAGCCACAACGCCGAAUAAAUCUCGGUCAAGGCGUCGUCAUGGGCCUGCAGUAUCAUCAGCAUGGCCAAGUAAUGGUAGUGCCUCUACUGGAAAAUUACGAGGUAGACCACCUAAUAACCGUUCUGUUACAGAUGGUCCGUUUUCGACCUUUCCUGCCAAUCCUGGUUCAACAAGAGAUACACCAACCGCUACUCCUAUAGUGGCAGAUUCCGAGAUUUCUCAUUUCUUUCCUGCUGGUGUCAGGGCCACUCCACCUACUGUCAUUCCACAAACUCAAAAUUCUCGACCAAGCCGACUUUCGCUACAAGUCCCACAAAGAAAAGGUGGAAACGUUCGAUUAGCAACACCGCCACCACCCGUUGUACUUCUAAACGGUGAGACCGAUACGAAUAUGCAAAAUGAUUUAAUUGAACAAUCUCAACAAACGUCACUCAUGGAGUAUUUCAACAAUCCUGCCAAUGGACCUCAAGACCCCAGUUUCGAACACUUUGUCAGUAUAGCAUUUCGUCAAAAUGAAGAUUUUGACCGUACCAAUAUCGAUGCUUUAGAAUCUCACUUCAUUGGAGAAAUUCUUGCCGCCGAAUGGUACGACGGAGCCGGAAAUUCGAUCCAACGAUGCUCUAUAGACGAAGCAUCCAAAAUCUGCAAACAAGUCAUCCGAAAUCUUCAAGCGGAAUCUAGCAGCACAGAAGCUUUCCUUAUUAAUCUUUCAGCACUGGCAGGCGGUCCCCUCAUGACACGUCUUCGCGUCACAAGACUUGAAUUCCCCGGCCCGCCACCAAGAACGGAUUACGAAUGUCAUUGGAAAAUGAGAUUUGGUAGCCUUGAAGGGGAUUUUACGAUAAGAGCUACAGUUGUGGAGAAUAACCUGGAGAUGGGAAUGAGGGAAGGAAUGGGAAAUAUGGGGAGAGGAAUCGAUGACAAUGAAGAGAGUUGGAAGGCGAAGUAUCUCAGUUUGCAACAGCAGAUUAAGGAGAGAGAUGCGAAGGUUAUGAGGUUGAAGAGGGGAAUGGUCGAUGCGUUGGUUAUUAGUGAGGAAUGGAUUAAGGGAGGUAAUGUCUUUCAGAAUCAGGGAUAGUGGAGGUAGCACCAAAAGGUUGACAAAGUUUAAUAAAUCGAGGCAAUAUUCUGUUUGAGGAGUUCAGAAGGACAUUUCGGUCACUAGAGGGGUUUGUUCUAGUAUGGUGGUGCUUGAAGUACAUAUAUUUAGCAUAAAUUAGAUAUCCACAAGGCAGAGUUCAAGAUAUACUUUCACUGAAAAACUUCAGAGCCAGUUCGUCAAUUUAAAGAACGAGAAUAUAUGAUGAUAAAAAUGUCUUUUGUACCCGGGGGUAUGGAAAUAUGUGACCAAAAUUGUCAUUGGUACCCACCCCCCCGGUCAGUAGAUAUGCAACAAAACUUUAUAGUGCGGUGCGAAUGAGUGAAUGAGAUAUUCACGUGAUAAAACAUUUCUUCCUCAUCCAAUGGCUACUCGUCCUCUAAUCACCGAUUAGGUUUCUCGACGUCGAUCUCGCAUUACCUACCUAUGUUAUAGCUAUAUAACACGGUCUCGCAGAAUCGUCCACGCCGCAAUCCAAAGUUGAUGAGAGAGAGGUAAUAAUCUAUCACUAUGUCAAUUGAUUUUCUCAUCCCGAAAAUCCGUUUUCAUACUCUCUAUCUCUGGCUCGGAAUCUCUGGUUCGGAUAAUGAGAAUAUACAUGCUGCGCUAUUUAAGAUUUGUGCCUUUUACCAUCCUGCCGAUUCAUCUUUAGGUUUUUCUCGGAGAUCAAGAUAGGUCGUGGAUUUGAGAGGGGAGAUUUGUGGGAUAGUAAUGUUCCUAUUGUUUUACUCUUAUUUUCGAUGGGAUGAUAGGGUGUAUGGUUUUGAUUUGUGAUCUUGUGGAGUUGUGGAAACGGAGAUUGUAUUGAGAGUUAGGUGGAAAGCGUGGAGUAGGAGUGAGGAUGUUGGUUGAGAGAGGGAGAUUGAAGUAUAUUGGGAUAGAGAUGAUUGGAUUGCGUUGGCACGGUACACAGCGGUGCAUGUUAAGAGGAGUGAGGAUACGAGUCUGAUGCGAGUUUGGAUAUGGGGAUCGGGCCCUGUUAGAGUUAUUCCAGGUGAUUUGCAGCGCGAAAGAGAGACUUGAUACGAUAUCUGGGAAGUGCUGGAAACUAAGUUGUUCUUUUCCUGUAGCUGUUUAUCCGACGAGACGAUUAGGAAUGAAGCUUUGAUAGUCGUGGGAGAACAUUUGGGCUUUCGGAGGAGAAUCCCUGAAGGAUUUUAGAAUGUAUCCUAGUUGGUUUCAAGCUACUUUCUCGAAGAUUCAAGCAGGAAAGUUGAAGGCCGAUGCGGGAUCGCCUUUACUCGCUGGUGGUGUUCUUUGCAGGAGUGUAGGACCUGAUCAUAGUAUUUUGAUUUGCAAUAGGAAAAUCAAAGUUCAUUAUUUGAGC